AUGGCUGGCAUUAACUGCCCUGCUCCUGUGGAAAUAACAUACAGGAAUAUGAGAUUUCUUAUCGCACACAAUCCAUCCAAUGCCUCCUUAAACAAAUUCUUACAGGAGCUUAAGAAGAAUGGAGUUACCACCAUAGUGAGAGUUUGUGAAGCGACUUACAGCCCUACUAUUCUGGAGAAAGAAGGCAUCCAGGUUCUGGACUGGCCUUUCGAUGAUGGUACACCACCUUCCAGCCAGAUAGUUGAUAAAUGGUUAAAUCUUGUCAAAAUGAAAUUUCGUGAAAAUCCUGGUUGCUGUAUUGCGGUUCACUGUGUUGCAGGUCUUGGGAGAGGUCCAGUGCUGGUUGCCCUAGCAUUAAUUGAAGGUGGAAUGAAGUACGAAGAAGCAGUACAAUUCAUAAGGCAAAAGCGACGUGGGGCUUUUAACAGCAAGCAACUUGUGUAUUUGGAGAAUUAUCGUCCUAAAAUGUGUCUGCGCUCCAGAAACAACUGUUUCAUUCAGUAG